AUGUUGUUUCUCAGUGCCUUAGCGAUCGGGAUGAUUACUGGUUUACAGAAUGUAUCAGAGGUGCCCACGACGGAGAGUGACGUAGAGUCGACCACAGACAUGGGGUUACUGGAAGCUACAGCCAGGGCUCCAACCCCUAAUGAUUUUGUGAAUGUUACAAUACAAGAGAGACCCUCCAUGUGGGACGUAUAUUUAAAUCACUGCCCGAAGUGGCGUCCUAUCAACCAUAUAUUUUUUCAGACGGCCAAUGUGUUCUUUUUACUGUCAUUCCUUGCACCGCACACUCCGAGUGGUCUUAUAUGGUUACGAGUGGCCCUUAUCUUGGGCUGCUCGUUCUCAGGAUUGUGGGCUUGGAGUAUUGAGUGCUACUUGGAUUCUGUUGUGUGGAACUGUGUGUUUGUUGUCAUCAACUUUGUGUACUUCUCGGUGCAGUUCUACUUAUUGAGGCCGAUCAAAUUCCAUAAGGAUAUUGAGGAGGUUUACCUGGCGUUGUUCAAGCCGCUCCGAGUGUCCCGCCGUCAGUUCCGCCGCGUCUUGAUGUGUAUGCGUAACGUGAGGCAGCUCAAAUGCCACGAGCUCUACGCCCACGAGAAGGUCACUAAAGUAGACAGCCUCUCCCUGGUGCUCUCAGGAAAGUUGGUGGUAUCUCAGAACCAGCGAGCCCUGCAUAUCGUGUUCCCACACCAUUUCCUGGACUCCCCGGAGUGGUUUGGGGUUUCAACGGAUGAAUUCUUCCAGGUGUCCAUAAUGGCGAUGGAGGAGUCUCGUGUGUUGGUCUGGCAUCGCGACAAACUAAAGCUGUCCAUCAUGUCGGAUGCUUUCUUGCAGGCUGUAUUCGAUCAUAUUCUAGGAAGAGACGUCGUUCAUAAACUGAUGCAGGUGAGCGAAACAAUGUCUGUCAGUAACGGUCACUUACCAAACAGCUAUGAGGAGGGAGAAGAUAAACCCAUGUUGGUUGUGAAGAAAGCUGGGGAUGGACCUGGAAUAACCGCGCUAUUGAACAGACAGCUGCAAGGUAAAAUGACACUUAUUUAUUACUACAUAAGGUACAUGCUUAUUGAGUUUAUAUUCAAGCUGCAUGCGACAGAUCCCAACGCGUGGCGUUUAGGACGAAUCGACGAAACAGAUCACGAAACACCCGUUUGA